AUGAUUCAUUCUUAUUUAUUUCUACACAGUUACGAUGGCCGAAUCAAACCCAAUUCAGCUCACUGGGCAGACAACACGUUAGCCGGUCGAGCCAAGUGGCAUUCCGUGCAGCCGUCAGCGCUACGAAUACACGAUGUUGUAGCCACAGACCGGGCGUUGUACCGCUGUCGAGUGGAUUUCAAGAUAUCUCCGACGAGGAAUCAUAAGAUUUUGCUCGACGUUAUCGGAAAAUACCCUGUCCUUGGCUUUGAUAAUGAAAAAAGAUUAGUAUCUCAUAUACUAAAGCUCGGAGACGCAGGAUUUCCACCUAAAAGGAGUAAAAUACGCCAAUUAGCCGAAAACCUAGGACUGAAGCACAAUUUUUAUAAUGAAACUAAAAUAUCUGAACCGCAAUGGUUGAAAAGCUUCCUUGAAAGAAAUCCCGAAAUGGUUAUGACGCAAGCUCAAGGCAAAGAGCGAAGGGUCUAAGCAGGGCCAAAGUAGUCAUUUUUUUAAUCUGCUCAUAGCCGUGAUAAUACUCAAUAAAAGAUUGUAUACAAUAAUAAAAACUGGUUACUUAAAUUAACAUAAGUUUGUUUCUAUUUGAAUAAAAACAGACAAGAAUAUAUCCUUACAUUUUUAACGUUAGGCUAUAAUCCGCCAUAGUAGGCAACUAUCCCCUUUUUAGAGGUCACGUAAAACAGGAUUUAUUCAAACCUAAAAAUAUUUAUAUUUGAAAAAAGAGGACUAAGAAGAUUAAUAAACUUGGUUUAAGAAGAUGAAUACACUUUGAUAAAAAAAUGAUUUGGUACCCAUUUUUAAUAAAAAAGCUUUUUUAAAUAGUGUGGCAGCUAUCCGGCUUUUACCCUACUAUAUUUGGCUUAUCGCCAAUUCUUGUUUUAUUGUCACGGUAAUUCUUUGAUUUAA